CAGCUCUGCUCCCCGGGCGAGGGCGGCGGUGCUGGGCGGGGCCGGGCUCGGGGCUCGCGGCGCGGCUGCAGGCGCUGUGCGAGGCUGUGCGGGGCCGCGAGGUGCUCGGGGCCGCCGAGAGGCCGUGCGCGCUGAGCAGAGCUCCGCGGCCGCCCUGCUGCUCGCCCUGAGUGACGUCGCGCCCCGGUCCCCAGCAUGACCGAGCUACGGCAGAGGGCUGUCCGCGAGGACGCACCUUCGGAGGACAAGGAAUCAGAGACAGAAGCAAAGAUAGAUGGAGAGACCGCGUCAGACAGCGAGAGCCGCGCGGAACCAGCUCCCCUGCCAGCCUCCGUAGAUGAUACCCCAGAGGUCCUGAACAGGGCGCUUUCCAACUUGUCCUCAAGAUGGAAGAACUGGUGGGUGAGAGGCAUCCUGACUUUGGCCAUGAUUGCAUUUUUCUUCAUUAUCAUUUACUUGGGACCAAUGGUUUUGAUGAUGAUUGUUAUGUGUGUUCAGAUUAAGUGUUUCCAUGAGAUAAUCACUAUUGGCUAUAAUGUAUACCACUCCUAUGACCUGCCCUGGUUCAGGACCCUCAGCUGGUACUUCCUCCUGUGUGUAAACUACUUCUUCUAUGGUGAGACAGUGACGGACUACUUCUUCACUUUGGUGCAGAGAGAGGAGCCUUUGCGGAUUCUCAGCAGAUACCACCGGUUCAUCUCCUUCACCCUGUAUCUGACAGGAUUCUGCAUGUUUGUACUGAGUCUAGUUAAGAAGCAUUAUAGACUGCAGUUCUACAUGUUUGGCUGGACCCACGUGACCUUGCUUAUUGUUGUAACCCAGUCACAUCUUGUUAUCCAUAACUUGUUUGAAGGAAUGAUAUGGUUCAUUGUCCCCAUCUCGUGUGUCAUCUGUAAUGAUAUUAUGGCCUAUAUGUUUGGCUUUUUCUUUGGCCGGACUCCACUCAUCAAGCUCUCUCCAAAGAAGACCUGGGAAGGCUUCAUUGGGGGCUUCUUUGCUACUGUGGUGUUUGGCCUUCUGCUCUCCUAUGUGAUGUCUGGGUACAGAUGCUUCGUGUGUCCUGUGGAAUACAACAAUGACACCAACAGCUUCACUGUGGACUGUGAGCCCUCUGACCUAUUCCGCUUGCAGGAGUACAACAUUCCUGGGGUGAUCCAGUCAGUCGUAGGCUGGAAAACGGUGAGGAUGUACCCUUUCCAGAUCCACAGCAUCGCUCUCUCCACCUUUGCCUCGCUCAUCGGCCCAUUUGGAGGGUUCUUCGCAAGUGGAUUCAAGCGAGCCUUUAAAAUUAAAGACUUCGCCAACACCAUUCCUGGUCAUGGAGGCAUCAUGGAUCGCUUUGACUGCCAGUACCUGAUGGCCACCUUUGUCAACGUGUAUAUCGCCAGCUUUAUCAGGGGCCCAAACCCGAGCAAGCUGAUUCAGCAGUUUCUGACGUUGCGGCCGGAUCAGCAGCUCCACAUCUUCAAUACACUGAAGUCUCACCUGACUGACAAGGGGAUUCUGACAUCUGCCUUGGAAGAUGAGUAGCAGAGUCCCACCCAUGGCCAGGAGAGCUGGAGCAGGAUUGAGUGAGGGGCAGGUCAUCAAGGCCAGCCCAGCUGCUGUGACUUAGAUAAUGAAAAGCUUCAACUCACUGUCUUUUUUUUUUUUUUCCUUUUUAAUUUGUGUUUUAUUUUUUAAAAAUCUGUAUAUACAGUCUGUUUAUAAUGUGGGCUGUGAGUAAGCUAUAGCUUUGAGUUGCAAAGAAGUCACAGGGAAGACCCAUUUGGGUUUCUUAAUGUAGGUAUUGAACAUCGUGAAGGACAGUGUCGCCCACUCAGGGUGUGUGCUUGGUGGUUGCAACCCCCACCCGUCCAGGUGUUUCUGUGCUGUUUGAGAGAACAUACAGUCCUCCAUGCCUGACUAGCUGAGGGGCUUCCCCCUUGGGCAGGGUAGCCUCUGCUUUUGGUCUUCUUGACACCUUUCCUUGGGGCUCCUCAGCCAUCUCUGGCUGGGAGCAGUGGAGGGCUGCCUUCUGUAGAACUGAGGGAGGCUUACUGAUCAGAUGAGCUCCCGUCCAAGCCGAAAUCCUGCAGAGGGCACGUGAGUUUUGCUUAGAGUUUGCUUUCAUAAUGCAGACUAAAGGAAGAUUUCAGACUUCGUCUUUCCCAAAAAGCAUGGAGAAUUUACGAAAUCUGGAAAAAGAAAUCCAUACUGCAAUAUUUCAAGUGUUUGCAGUAGAAUGCACGGUCACAGCCCUUUCCCCGCCACCCAGGCGCCGGUGGCUUCUCAGUCCUGCAGAGCUGAGGCUGUCAUGUUUGUGCUGUGGGUUUGCUGCUGCUGAAUUCUGAAUUCUGGGGACUCCUGAGAGUGGGGAGCCCUUUGCCCCAAAGCCCACUGUGUUGCUGCUGUGUUGUGUAUAUAGUACUCUUGAGGUGAGUGUGUGUCUGUGUGUCUUAAAUUCACUUGUUUCGUACAUGAUUUCAGUCAAACCUGCACUUCUCACAGAAGUCCCUGCGUCCUGCUUAGAACUGUGACAAGCCUGAUCUGUCAAGAGGCUUGGAUCUUCUCGAGACUCAGUGUAUACUUUUUAUGAAAUGUGACCAGUGUAGAUGUAGUUUGCACUUUCCGGGGGACCUUUUGCUGUUGCUUAUGUAACCUGUGAGUAUUCUUUUCCUUCCUGAUCUUAAGUUGAGACUAUUGUGGAAUGGAGCAGUUGGCAGGGAAAGAACUUGUUCUCCAAGCGUUUAACAGCAUGGCCCUGCCAUGGUGUGCCCACUGCCAAGAGGGGCACAGUGACUGGCUUAAGCACUGGUUUGUGCUUGUUUGUUUUCCGAUUAGCCUGUCUCCUCCAAUGCUUAGACAGCCCCCAGACUGUCUGUCCUGAACCAUCUUGCGCCCUGCACGGGGCAGGAAGGUGGGGGACAGCUUCUUGCCUCUCACCUUUGACUUCCAUGUCAGCCUUGUGGCUUUUUGUUCUCAAUUCCCAGGGCCACACUGAACAGAAUAUGUUGGUGCCUUGGGUUUGGGUUCUUGUGGCGUGGCCCUGGGUGGGAGCUUUGCUCUCAGUGUUCUCCUUUUCUGACUUACCCUGGAGGUUCACCAAUUGUGUAAAUCUACAGAGAAGUUCCUGUCACUAGUGGCCCCUGUUGUUAUUGAGUCAUGUCAUGGGGACUCAAAAAAGGAAAUACACUGAGCUGUAUUUCACAAUUGCUCCUUAAGAUGAGCCAGUAUCUUCUUAAGAUUUUCAGCAAUGAUUAGGAGUAAGGCUAUAUUUAUUUGAUUGAAAAAUAACCUUGGAUCACCAAACUAGAUAGAGAAGGGCAUGCCGCUCCCCGGCAGCUGAGACUCGCUCGGGUAGCAGCAGCUGAGGCUCGAGGAAGGGUUCCUGGUGUCCUGAAAAUCUGAAAGCCAGGGCUCACUGCAGUUGUCAGCGAGGGCUUUGUUCCUCCUGAGUUCCCAGUCUUCUGAAAGAGGAAAUUUCCCAGUCAGUAGCCAGGAGAGCAGUGCCACCUUGUGUCUGUCCAGCAUGUAGUUUGUCCCAUUAAACAGGCAGGAUCCCAGAGACUGCUGCACCCUGCAGAUCUCAGUGGCUCACAGGACUUGCUUUACACUCAUUUUGUUUUGUCAGAAAUAAAUUUUUGUGCCUUUCCUUGUCAUGAAUUCAGUGUUUGUCACUUUCAUGCAUGACUUUGUUUCCCACUUUAUGUGAUUGUAAAUACUGUGCAAUUUUAAUUUAAAGGGUUUUGUUUUUCACUUUGUAUGCCAUCUGUUCAUACCCUGAGGUAUCUCAGGUUAGAGCCAUGGGGUGGAACCAGAAAGUACCACAUCUCACAGUAUGCCUGAAGGACAGGAUUAGCUAGUUCCUGAGGUCCCAGCACCAGAAACACUGCAGUGUUCCUUCCCACAGGCUGUGGAGCCCCGAGCCAGGUGCGGCCUGGGGAGUGCUUAGAUGCCUAGUAGCUUAUAACUGGUGUAGUAAGGGUUUGGUGAACAGUAUGGUCCCAGAAAACAGGCUGACGUCAGAACAAGCCAGGGUGCCUCCCACGUGAGUUCUGCUCAUGAUUGUUCUCAAGAAAACUGGGCCUUUCCUUCCCUUUGUGUGUGCUUUUCUCAACCUCCUAACCACUUCAGUAUGAAAAAGAAAUUUCUGUUUUACUUCUGAAAGUGAAAUCAUGUAAGGAAUCAUGAAGGAAGAAAUCAUGUAAGGAAGUUGGGAGAACACAUACACACACACACACACACACACAGCCUGUCUCACACUCUCAGCCUUUUAGUUUCUGCUCUAUAACCACAUUUAAAAUGUAUUAAUUCUUAACGUACUGGAGUGUACGUGAGCCAGGCUUCAGAGAUGUGGAGUCUAACAUGUCCUCUUAUAGGUGGACUGUGAAACAGUUCUUAUGAUCUCUUGCUCCUGCUCACUUUCAUCCUGUAACCUGGCUUAUAUUAUGAAAGAGAAUUUGAUCAGUGUACUUCAAGAGAACCAACAAAGACCUUGUGUUGGGCUAAUUGCUGGGUUGCCUGGGACCUCCUUUGAAGUGUUCCCUGAGCCCCUGGCAAGCUGAGGUCAGUCCCUGUUGUUGAUGGAGCUGGGAGAAAGAGUGACUUAAGGACUUAGGAGGAGUAUGCCACAUACAAUUCUGUAUGGAGGUCACUGUGUUCCUUACAGCCUGAGGUGGAUUUCCAGGAGAGCCUUUUCCUCACUACCAGUGUAGGAUGUUACAACUAAAACUUGCUGGGUUAGUAACAUCCGAGGCCAUGUUGUCUUUGUCUUUCAGAGUAAUUCCUGUCUGUGGCCACCAUGCCUGCACACCAUUCCUGUGCUUAGUGGGGAGGAGGGCAGUUUCCCUUGCAUCCAGGCUUCUUGUUCUUUCCAGGUCGAGAGGGUGGCUAGGGCACUGCUGUAGACACAGCCUGAGACAGUCAACUCUGGGUGGGUACACUCCACCUGGAGCGGAGGGCUCCAGAGAGCACCCGGAAGGCUCCACCCAGAAGGCUCCACCCGGAAGGCUCCACCCGGAAGGCUCCGACAGCUGCUGGACAGGAAGCUGAGUCUUGGGCAGAGCUUCAGAAAAGAGAUUAUUAGCUUCUACUUCUUGACUCAGUUUUCCCUUGUUGAGUGGGCACCUUCCAGAGGCAUGCUGGGGCUUAGACCAAGUGGCAGAGGAGGGUUCUUAUUUAAGGGCUUCGCUAGGCCCAUUCACUGGGCACAUCCUGGGUAGUCCUCACUCAGUCUAGCACGGUGAGCCCAUGCUAGAGCCCAUAGCUGCUGACCUGGUCAUUCUGUUAGGAUGUGGUCUGCCUUCCUGCCCCUCCACUCAGGUUGACUGGGAGCGACCUUACCUGGGCCCUGUGCGCUCCUGCGGGUGGAGGCUCUUACCAUUGGGAUGGUUCUUUAUUGGGCAAGCCAGUCUCCAUUUGCUUCUAGAGAGUGUGCUCGGGGUGCUGAAGUGUUAGGGCUUUAGGACAUAGGGAUGAUUUUGAGACUUAAAGGGCAGAAUACACAAAAGCUAGGGUUUCGUGGCCAGUGAUCCUCAAAUCCAUUGGCUAUUUGAAGACCCUGCCCCCAUGAUUGCCCUUUAUCAGGUGCCUCUCUGCCAGCCUCUUUAUCUUAUUCGUCAGCCAAUGAAAUAGCAGCAGUGUGUUAUUAAUACGUGCACUCAUAUAGUGCUUAAUAUGUGCCAGACACAGUGCUGAGAGUUGGCAUGCGUUACCUCCUUUAAUCCAGAAGAAGCUGUGUGCUAGAGAUUGAGAACAUACAAAACUGGCGGACUAGAGGUUUAGGUAGCUCUACCUCUGGCCAGGUUCUAGGCUGCAGGCAGCCUUCACUUCCAGCCGGCUGGCUGUGAGGAUUUAGUGAGCUAAUGCAUUUAAGCAUUUAGCAAGGUGCCUGGCACAUAGUAAGCGCUCAAUAAAUGUUGGUAGUUUUCUUUGUUUUUGUUUUUAAACUGAGCUCAGUGAGUAGUUUGGCCCUCACUGAUGGGCUGCUGGGUAUUCAGUCACCACAUGCUCGCUGCCGUCACAGGUGUCCUGUAGAGCGACCAUACUGUCCUAAGAGCAGCACUUCAGCAGUCCAGUGCUAAGAGCUUGGUGUUUCCCAUAGCACUGAGGCCAGCCUGACUGGAUGAUGUGAGGCUGCUCAGCACUUCUGCUCUUCUUUUCCCGUGGUUGAGAAUGUUCACAGUUUGUUCUGACCUGGUGGACCCAGAGUGGAAGGGUGCAAGGACCUGUCCUGUUCUGGACCCCACUUUCCCCAGCCAACGCCUUACUGUGUUGUGUAGGUCUGGAACCCCUGGUUCCCUCUACAAGUGGAUAUUUUCAGGAAUAGAGAAAACAAACCUGAAGCUUUGUGCGUCAGCCAGAAGCCUAAAGCUCCACCUGUGCCCUGACACCAUGACCAUUCCACCUUGUCUCUCCGCCUGCCUGCCUUUCUUUCUUUGUUGUUUAUUUUUUGAGACAGGGUUUUCUUUUUGUGUAACAUUGGCUAUUAUAAAACUCUCUGUAGACCAGGUUGGCCUUGAACUCAGAGAUCCACCUGCCUCUGCCUCCCAAAUUCUGGGGUGAAAGGUGUAAGCCACCAACCUCUUGACUUUUCUUUCUUUCUUAAAAGAAUAGUUUAGAGCAGGUGACCAUUGAGGACAGGUGAUCGGGGUGUUUCUGUCUGUUCUAGAUUAGCAAAGAAUCACAUAUCACAUAGAUUAUUAAUCAUGAAUGGAGAAAUGCUUAUUUCAGUUUUCUGAAUGGACACGGGAAAUUGGGAGAGAGAGUGACUAGUCUUCACCUUGAUUGAGUGGCACUGGCUAAUAUAACCCAGGAGGUUCUUAGACUGCGUGAUGGUAACAGAGAACUUGGUUCCAGCAGUGGUGGGGCCCAGGUGUUAAUGGGACCCACAGGCCCAUUGCUGGAACAGAUACUGGAGCUCCCCUGCUCUUCUGGAGUUUUCCAGCUCUGGCCCUUCCUCCUUCAUCGUGCCAUCUGAUGGACCAGACAGUCCUUUAUCUGGAGAGAAAAGUCUGAUGCCAGCAGAGGUCCUGGGGCACUGCCCUCCCCUACUCUGGCCAAGCCCAGCUCUGCGGCUUCCGAGGACUUUCCUGAGUACAGUGUUCAGAAGGCUUUCCCGCCUGGCCACCUGCCCUCAGUGAAACUGCUUCUAGGUGCCACCCUGUCAGCCCUCUCUGCCCUCCUCACUAGCAUACCUUUUCCUCACGCACAGGCUUUGUGUGCUGAUUUAAUGGCUUUUCUCUAAGGAACACCGAUGUAGAAAGGGUUAAGAGUGUUAAUUGCAGUGAGCUGAGUGUGCACACAUGUUUAUGACAGUCCUCUGUGUGACGUUUCCUCUCAUUCCUCAGUUUCUGUCUUGGCUCACACUGGGCAAGUGUCUAAAGAGUGGAGGCAAGGAAGGCAUCAGCUCUUUGUCCAGCUCAGGGACUCCUGAGACACCGGGACAGCAACAGGACUGGGGUGGGGAUGGGAGUCACGUGUUCUUAUACUACUGAAGGUAGACUCAGACCAGCUCAGUGCUCCUCGGUGGCUGAGGGGACCAGAAAACGCCCUGGAAAAUCCAUCCUGGGAGUGUUGGGACUCACUGGCUCCUUCCAGAGUCUUCAUGGACCCAGUUUCGACACCUUCCAAACAGCAGCGGGGAUCACAGUGGCAAAGAGGGAGGCUACCCGGGACAGUCUCUCAGCCACUUCCAUUGUGCGGAGGGACCUGCUGAAUCAGUUAUCUCACACCGCCUGGCUGCUUCCCUGCCUCAGACCGGGCGCACUGCGACACAGCACUUGGCUGUGUGGAAUCCACAUCACAAACCCUGGGUCUCCCCAGAUAGGCAUGUGCUUAUGUGUUACUGUCGUGCCACUUCUUCAACCCGGUUUCACUAAGUCAGUGUUUUCACCAUGUCCGACCUUUCUCUCUGCACUUAGGAUUGGUGUUGAACACACUUGUAGAUUCCUUUCAGCGCAGUAUAAGAAUGUGAUAUAUUGUAUAUUGGAAAGUAUUUACCUUAUUUAUAUACCUGAAUGUUCCUAUUAAACAAAUAAACAUAUAUUAAAUUCUA